UUCGAAGAUGAACGCACGAGUGAGACAAACCUUUCUUAAAUACGCUUAAUUAAGGCUCUUGCAAGAGUAUGCGGUCUCGGUAGAGCUAUCGAGAACAGAGAUAAGCCUGAAAGGAUAAUAAGUGAUAGGGAAAGAAAGUCCAUGUAAGCUUAAGAAAUAUAUUGAUACUACAAUAAUAAAUGAUCGGCCAAGAUGUCGGAAGAUUCAAAUUCAGCAAUUUUGGAUUCUAUUUCCAGUGUUACAGAAGGAUGUCGACUCCCAGUCCUAAUGUCCAGCUGCAGCGACUGGCCAUUGGCAGAGGUCAUCAGCAUCAAGGACUGUGAAACAAAAAAACAGUUUUAUGUUCAUUACAUUGAUUAUAACAAACGGCUCGAUGAGUGGGUGGAUGAAGACAGACUGGACACAAGAAAGAUCCAGUAUCCCAGAAGGGACUUGGCCUCGGGAACUACGACCGGCCUGAACACACCAAAGAAAACACUGACAGGAACCACCAACUCACGACCCUCGUCUCCCGGACUGACACCCGAUCCAAUAACUGGCCCCUCAGUGUUAGCUGCCUUACAACAAAAGCAACAGAAAAAUAGAAAGAGGAAACUGGACCAGUCAGAGGAGGAAGAUGGUCGGAGAUUGUCAAUUGGCAGUGGAGGUGGAGUGGGGGCAGGAGCUGUAGCUGGAUUAGGAGCAGGAGCUGGAACAGGAGGUGGAGUAGGAGGGGGAGGAGGAGGAGGAGGAGGAGGAGGUGGAGGUGGAGGUGGAGGUGGAGGUGGAGGUGGAGGAGGAGGUGGAGGUGGAGGAGGAGGUGGAGGAGGAGGUGGAGGUAGUGGAGGUGCAGGUGCAGGUGCAGGUGCAGGUGCAGGUGCAGGUGGAGGAGCAAGUUCCAUUGGUGGAGGUGCUUCACUCAAUACUGGUAGUGGUGCACUAGCAACACUCGGAAGUUCUCUGGGAGGGUCCAUUGGCGGUGGUGGCAUGAACAGCUCCAUCAGUAACCUGGGUGACAUUGAAAUCCCAAAUGUGUUGAACCAGCAGCAGACUGUUCCCAGGCAGACUGGCUCAUUGGCCACACACUCAGAUGACCAUGCUAUCACACGCAUCAAAAACAUGAGGAUGAUUGAGCUAGGAAAAUACCGUAUUAAGCCGUGGUAUUUCUCACCAUAUCCACAGGAAUAUACAAACUUAGACUGUAUUUAUAUAUGUGAAUUCUGUCUCAAGUAUAGAAAGAGUAGGAAAUGUUUGGAAAGACAUUUGCAAAAAUGCCCCUUCAAGCAUCCACCAGGAAACGAAAUAUACCGCAAAGGGUCCAUAUCUUUUUUCGAGUUGGAUGGCCGGAAAAACAAAUUGUAUGCGCAAAAUUUGUGCCUUCUAGCAAAGCUUUUCCUAGACCACAAGACGCUGUAUUACGACACAGAUCCUUUCCUCUUUUAUGUUAUGACUGAAUACGAUAAUCGAGGAUAUCACAUAGUUGGAUACUUCUCAAAGGAAAAGGAAUCCUCAGAAGACUACAAUGUAGCCUGUAUUUUAACCCUUCCACCAUAUCAGAGGAAGGGGUAUGGCAAACUACUUAUUGAAUUUAGUUACGAAUUAUCAAAAUUUGAAGGUAAAACGGGGUCUCCUGAGAAACCGCUCAGUGAUCUAGGACUACUAUCGUAUAGAUCAUACUGGAAGCAAACAAUAUUGGAGAUUCUCAUCGCCCUAAAGCCACAGGAAGGGCAGGAAAAACCACAACUCACGAUAAAUGAAAUCUGUGAGCAAACCAGCAUAAAAAAAGAAGAUGUGAUAUCUACUCUCACAAACUUAGAAUUAAUCAACUACUACAGAGGGCAAUAUAUAUUAACACUUAAUAAAGAACUUGUAGAGAACCACAAGAAAGUGAUGGAGAAGAGAAAGAUUAGAAUUGAUUCCAAGUUUUUGCACUGGACUCCAAAGGACUGGGCAAAGAGGGGCAAGUGGUAGUCUGCUGUGAUAAAUCUAUUCUUAGGAAGAAAAAUAAAAAAAGAAGUAAAUUUUAUAGUACAAAUUGAGAACAAUUAUUUUGUGUCAGUUUAUUAUUUUACGGAGUAAGAUAUUGGAGUUUGAUUGUAUUGUAAAUUUGAAUUUGGUGUAACACGUGCUGAAAAUGGACAAAUUUGCAAGAGGCGAAUUCCCACAAGAUGAACAAGGAAAUGGAAGACAACAGACAAUCUCAGGCUGAUGGUACUUGUAAUUUCAGUUUCUUGUGAUAAAAUAAACUCAAAGGGGAAAGGGCUUCGGUUAAUUCACACUUAUUAUUAGAUCUUGUCAUGUCCUCACCAACAAGCUCUUUAAUUAUUAUCAUUAUUAUUAAUCAUGGAAGAUAGAUAUUGCAAAAAUUAUAAUGAGAUGAUAUAAGCAAGGGCCAAUGAUAGUUUCUGUUAGUUAUAUAUGGUGUUUUGCAAUCAGCUCUUACAGAUACCCUAGUCAUUCAUUUAUUCAUUAAUUUUUUCACAAACAUGCAUAAACACACACAUGUGCACAUGCACAUCUAUAUCCAUAUCUCCCCCAUACACUGUUACUGGCCACAUGCUAAUUUAUCAAUCCCUUGUAAUAGAGAAGAGCUUAAAGACCAUCCAUGAUUCUGUUUGUUAAAAUAGGGAAACCAUAUCACAAUAUCAUGAUCACCUAAAGCCACUGUAACAUUGAACAAAGUGCUAAGUAUGUAUAUAGAGAGAAUAUAAACAAAGAAAACACACACGCACACCCACACACAUACACAAAACACACACAUACACAAAACACACACAUACACAAAACACACACAUACACAAAACACACACAUACACAAAACACACACAUACACAAAACACACACAUACACAAAACACACACAUACACAAAACACACACAUACACAAAACACACACAUACACAAAACACACACACACACAAAACAAACACACACACACACACACACACACACACACACACACACACACACACACACACACACACACACACACACACACACACACACACACACACACACUCACUCACUCACUCACUCACUCACUCUCACACUCACUCACACUCACACACUCACUCACAUGCAUAUAUACAUACAUAAAUACUUAUGCAUAUAUAUACAUAAUACAUAUGCAUAUAUAUACACAUAAUACAUAUGCAUAUGUAUACAUAAUACAUAAAUACAUAUGUAUAUAGACAUACAUAAAUACAUAAGCAUAUAUACAUAAAUACAUAAGCAUAUAUACAUAAAUACAUAAGCAUGUAUACAUACAUAAAUACAUAGAGCCUACAUACAUACAUAAAUUCAUAAGCAUAUAUAUACCUAAAUAUAUAUUGCCUACAUAAAUACAUAUGCAUCCAUACAUACAUUAAUACUUAAAUACACAUGCAUAUAUACAUGCAUAAAUACUUGUACAUAUAUACGUACAUAAAUGCAUAUGCAUUUAUACAUACAUUAAUUCAUAUGCAUAUAUACAUACAUACAGAUCCAUAUGCAUAUAUACAUACAUACAAAUCCAUAUGCAUAUAUACAUAGAUACAAAUCCAUAUGCAUACAUUCAUACAUACAAAUCCAUAUGCAUACAUUCAUACAUAUGAUAUACAUAUACAUAUUCAUAUAUACAUACAUAAAAUAAUUAAAUUUAGGUUCAUAUGUAAAUAAACAAUGGUGUAAGAAGAACUUUGGUGACAGGUUACUAUUAAUGCUACUUAGUGAGUGGAAAGAGAAAGACAUCAAGGAAACAAACAAUUUGGGAAAGCAUGUUUAAAGCCCUUGGCUAUGAGCCUUCCUCAUAACAGAUUCUAUGUCAGAUCAAAUUAAAAGGGAAAUGGAAAUCUAAAAAAAAAAAAAUGUUUUAUUUAUUAUAAUCCCCAUAUGCUGUUGAUAGUUAUGUAUUAUGUGUGACAUGAUGAAGACCUGCUAUAAACAUCUAUAUACAUACAGCCCAAGGUAGGGGAUCACCCCUACCUUGGACCUCAGCCCACACCUGA